CGUCGCCGUGUGUCUACGUCACGUAUACGAUUUUACACGUAAAACGUCUCCGUGCCGAGUCGCCACCCGAGUCGCUCGACGGUACACCCGCUAGCCUAUUGUCGCGUUUCCCGCGACAAAAACCUAGUACAUUACAGCUGUUGCGUAUACUCAACGGAACACCGAACCAUCACUCGAUUUUUCCCAGUUAUAUAUACACCCGUACGAGCAACCAGGAGACUAGAGGCGGUCUUUUCGCGUUACGCGCGAAGACUUUGUGCCUGUAAGGCGUAGACACCGCGUUACGGUCAUCGUUAUGGAAGGUAAAGACCGACGGCCCGUGGCCAGAGCCGUCGACGCUCCGGACGCCGGCAAGGACAACGACGUACCGGACCGGACACCCGCGGCCGCUGCUGCCCCCGCGGCCGCUGCUGUCCCCGCGGCCGCUGCUGUCCCCGCGGCCGCUGCUGCCCCCGCCGUCGUGGUAAGCCCGGACGACUGCGACUUGUUGCACUUCAAACCGAACGUCGUGUACCGGCUCAACGGUUCCGUCUAUUCGAUUGGUAAGCAUAAUAGUUUAAUAUUGUACAUUACGCGCGAUAAUAUUACCGUCACGCGUACCGAUACGGCGCGUUUCCCGGCCGAGGUGCAGCGCGCGUACCCGCCGCAUAGUAUCGCGCCGCCUGCCACCCGGUCCCGCGUACCCGCGAGCCGCCGUCCCGGACGCGAUGCGUGUCGUAUGAUCGUAAAAUAA